GCCAAUGUCUGCAUUGUUUCCCUGACUACAGAUACAAAAUGGAUGGUCUCACAUCACAAAAUGAAGGAUUUACCAGAGUUAGCAGUAUGAGCAGACCAAGCGCCAGAAGCAUCUAUGAACAGAGGAAGCAAUAUGUUCAGUCACUGAACAAAGAGCGCAGCACAUUCCAUCAUCGAGUGGAGCACCUAUUGACUUGUGAGUUGAAUAAUGAGCUUCGCACAGUUGAGGACUGUCUGGCCAAGCUGCGUACCCUUGAUGCUGAAGGAAGAGUUUGGGGUCAGGAAUUAAUCCUACAAGUAAAUGAUGGAGAGCUUCUACUGAAUGAUCUUGAGACUCAGGAAAGUCUGGAGAAAAUGUCCCUACACGAUGUGGUAACCUGCCGCUCAAUAUUGGGUAAACCCCCAUAUAAUUCCCUCCUCACUAUCAUGGUCCAAAGCUACAUCAAUUCUAGUGUCUUACUCUUCCAGUGCAAUGAACAACCGGCUGAUGUCAUACAUGGAAAUAUGGAAAAAGUCUUGAAAACUUUUAAAGCAAAUAAAGAGAGCAAAAAUAACUUAAGGAACAAUCUGGAGAAUGUUCUGACACAUAAUCCGAUUACUGCACAACAACCCUCAUUCUUCAAAGGAUGGGAGAGCCCCAACCUAGAACGUGGAAGUAUAACAGAUUCCCCCUAUCAACAGAGAAAGUUUGAACCAGAGCCCCCACUAGCAUUCCAACCUUCAACAUCAACAGAUUUUACAACAAACCAGAUGACAGAAAUGGAAAGAGACAUAGAAGUUCUGAAUCAUGUACUCAGGGACAUUGAGCUAUUUGUUGGAACAUUAGGUCCUGAUAAGAAGAAAAAGAAAAGAGGAAAGUCUGCAAUCCCAGAAUUAGAAUGUAUAGAUUGCUUGCAGAAGAUAAAAUAUUCCUUUAAUUUAAUGGCGAAAGUCCAGGACCAUAUUCAGGAGCCGAAAGCUAAAGAUCUUAUCCAUAUUAUGAUGACCACACUUCCAAAGGUCUUGUCCAAUAGUCCCAGAAAGGAUAUCGCUUUUUCUGUGGUAUCUCCUUUUCUUACUCAGAAAGCUUUGACAAUGCUGAGCUAUUAUGUGACUGAGGAAGAAAGACGCGUGUGGGAAAGCCUAGGAGAUGCCUGGAUGAGGACAAGAGCUGACUGGCCCAAUGGGAAGAACUUACCCUCAUAUAUACCCAUUUUUUCUGAUGGAUGGAUCCCCCCUGAGAUUUCAUCAAACAGUUACCCAGUUCAGAUUCCAAAUGGAGCACAGACCCCCGCUACCAACAGGAGAUCCCAGACACUCAUCUUGCGCGUUCUUUAUGAUUUUGAAGCCAGAAACAGUCGUGAGCUGUCAGUGAAGAAAGGUGACAAUGUGGAGGUACUUGACCAGAGCAGACAGUGGUGGAUGGUAAAGAACUCAGAGGGAGAUAGAGGUUUUAUCCCAAGCAAUAUCCUGGAGAGUGUUGAUGAUGGACAGGCCCCUGUACGUGCAUUGUCCCUGCAGCCUGGCUCAAGACCAGAAGAGGUGACAACCUGGCUACAACAGAAGGGAUUCUCUAACAUCACAGUGCGAUGUCUUGGAGUUUUGAGAGGUGAUCAGCUGCUGGAUUUAAGUCUUAAAGACCUGAAGGAAGUGUGUCCUGAAGAAGGAGGGCGUGUAUACAAACAACUACACCCGGUGCAGAUAGGUGUAGCGCCGUAACAGCUAGAAGACACCCCCUGCAGUGAGCUAUGGCUGGAGGAGGAGACGCCAAAUAUUAGAAAUGGCAAAACUUCAAAGUAAUUUAUUUCUGAUCUUAAUGUGCAAGCAAAGCUUUAUUCAAUAAAAUAGUAAAUCAUUUACUA